UAUAUUAAUAAUAUUAUUAGUAAUAAUAGUAAAUAAAUGUUUAAAAGUCCAGGAGAAACAUAUUGAAAGUUUCACAAAUAUGACAUCUGAAAGCGCCAGAGAAGACGAAAAACUGAAAUAUCUUGAAAUUGUAAAGAUCUACGCUAUAGACAUCCAUCGAGCUGAAUUGAUAACCAUAGUACAAGAUGAAGAUGAUGAAGAACAUUUUUCUAUAUCUAUUGAUGCCUUGACCUUGUUCGAGUCUAAUAUGGCAAUAUGUGAUGUACUAUUAUCCAGUCCUCUACUGAUUUUACCGUUAUUUGAUGUAGCCUUGAUUGAAGCUCAGCAGCACAUUAUACGAGAUAUGACAGAUUCCACUUUGACAGUGAAAAAGAAUGUGCAUGCAAGAAUAAUGGCAUUACCUGUUUGUCCAGAACUAACAAGAACUACACUGCCUAAAACAGCUGAUGUUGGCAGUUUUCUUUCUAUUACUGGUACAGUCAUUAGAACAACAUUAGUAAGAGUGUUAGAAUUUGAAAAAGACUAUAGCUGUAAUAAAUGUAGAACCAUGGUUACAGCUAAAUCUGAUUUUGAAAAGUAUUACACUCUGAGUAAACCAACAAAAUGUAUCAAUGAAGCUUGUAAUGGAACAAAUUUUACACCUAUUAAUGACAGAGUUUCCUCUCCGCAGAAAUGUCGGAAUUAUCAGGAGAUAAAGAUACAAGAACAGGUACAGAAAUUAACAAUGGGAACCAUACCUAGAUCUAUGUGGAUUGUUUUAGAAGACGAUCUUGUUGAUUGCUGUAAAGCUGGUGAUGAUGUCACUGUCUGUGGUACGGUGAGAAGAAGAUGGAAGAAUUUAACAAUGGAAGUCAGAUGUAAUAUAGAUAUUGUUUUACAUGCUAAUCAUGUCCUAGUUACUAACGAACAAAAAAACAACAUCCUCAUUACGCAAGAACUGAAAUCUGAAAUAUCAGAAUUUUGGCAAGACCAUGUGAACAGUCCAUUAACGGCUCGCAAUAAGAUUCUAGCUAGUUUUUGUCCACAAGUUUAUGGUCUGUAUGUUGUUAAAUUAGCUGUUGCUGUUUGUUUAGCUGGUGGUGUACAGCGAGAAGAUGAAAGUGGUUCUAAAGUUAGAGGUGAAGCCCAUCUUUUACUAGUUGGAGAUCCAGGUACUGGAAAAUCACAGUUUUUAAAGUAUGCUGCUAAGAUAACACCUCGAUCGGUAUUAACUACGGGUAUAGGCUCUACUAGUGCUGGUUUAACAGUUACAGCAGUAAAGGAUUCUGGAGAAUGGCAGCUAGAAGCAGGUGCUCUAGUAUUAGCUGAUAGUGGUUUAUGUUGUAUAGAUGAGUUUAAUAGUAUUAAAGAACAUGAUAAAGCCAGUAUACAUGAAGCUAUGGAACAACAGACUAUCAGUGUAGCUAAGGUAAUGAUAUAACUAUUCACUGUACAGCUA